CGUAUCAACUGAUGGGUGUAUCGCUAUGCAUGGUUUGGUAGAGCAAACAGGAAGACAGAUUGUGCGUCAAGAAUCUGGCAACAAACCUGCCAAACAACGCAUCUUGUGGCAUCCUGACGACAUAUAUGCAGACAAUGCAGGUACAAGCAAAAGUGAAGGCGUCGCAGUAGAUGUUUGUGUAAUUCCCUAUAGUUUUCAUAUUAAGUGGAUUGCUUUCAAGCCGAUGCAUAAUCUCAAAUUUCUGAACAUGUACAAGCAUUCUCAAGGUUUAGAGUCCAGGAUACAACGCAAUCUAGAGGAAAAUUUGCUAGUUCCUCGUAAGCUUAGAUUAUUACAUUGGGAUGCAUAUUCUUAUACAACCUUGCCUUCUAAUAUCCGUACAGAUUGUCUAGUUGAACUAAAUCUGUGUUACAGCAAGCUCACAAGCCUUUGGGGUGAAGCCCAGAGACUUACUCAUCUAAAGAGACUAGAUCUGACAGGCUGUAAGGAUCUGAAAGAACUUCCAGAUCUUCAGGAAGCAGUGUGUCUCGAGGAGUUGAUACUGGAAGGUUGCAGUUCCCUGAAGCGGAUUCCAAAGUCUAUAUGUGGCCUAUCUACGCUAAAGAAGCUUGACUUAUCCAACUGUGAUGGGGUUAAGAAUCUGAAGAUCAUAAUAAGGGAAUCUGAAUUUACUGUCUUCCAAAGCAGCAGCUCUGGGUGCUGCAUGCGCAUGAGAUUAAUCCGCAUGGAAAUUUUUGAUGCAAAACCGUAUGAUAUCCAGGGAAUCCUCAUACCAAAUCUGUCAAUCAAUGGGAAAAUAAACAUCGAGUUGGAGCUUCUUGGAGGAUUUGCAGAGCAUCUCUGUUUUAUUUCUGAGAAAGAGAUCCCCCAUGAACUAAUGAUGUUGGAAAAUCAAACACCUAAGCUCACGUCACCUCCCUACAAUUUCAAAACACUUGACAUCAUGCGGUUUAGCUGCAGUGAGAGUAGUGAUCCUUUCAAGUGUUGCAGUUUUUCAGAUUUUCCAUGGUUGACGGAGUUAAAUCUAAUCAACCUAAACAUCCAAGAAAUUCCCGAUGACAUUCACCAUAUGCUGGUUCUAGAGAAAUUAGACCUCAGUGGGAAUGGCUUCAGAGUGUUACCGACAACAAUGAUUCUUCUUACUAAUUUGAAACAUUUGACGCUUUGUAACUGUUGUCGACUUGAGACAUUGCCAGAAUUAUAUCAGCUGGAGUCGCUCACUCUGUCUGAUUGUACAAGUCUCCAAGCACUGGUGAAUCUUUCUCAUGCACAACAAGAUCAGAGCAGAUACUGUUUGGUUGAGCUUUGGAUUGACAACUGCAAGAAUGUUCAAUCCCUGUCUGUUCAGCUUACUCGGUUUGAAAAUUUGACAUAUUUGGAUAUCAGCAGACAGGAUUUUGAAACAGUGCCUAGAAGCAUCAAGGAUUUCUCCUCAUUGGUAACUCUCUGUCUCAAUUAUUGCAAGAAACUCAAAUCACUGAAAGAAGCACUUCCAUUGAGUCUUAGGUAUCUAUAUGCUCAUGGCUGCAAGUCCCUUGAUGCUUCAGUCGACCAUCAUGUUGAUCACCAUGAUCUUAGUCCUUGCCUACAGUGGAAGCAGGAUUAUAGUCAAAUCACUCGCUUUCCCGCUGGAAGACUUAGUGAAGAGGUACCGAUAUGUGCUUGCUUUCGGGAAACUAAGAGGUCGAGUACAAAUCAACUGACAUUGAGCCCCAUAUCAAUCCUCUUUGAACGUCUGAAGCCAUUGUUACGGGCUUUUGCUAGCUCUAUCAUCGUUCUUUGUGUGUGUAUAUAUGCCAUUUCUGUGUGUAUACAUGCAAUUUCCUUGUUUCCCAAACCUGAUUAUUUCUUACAAAAAGUUCGUUCGCCCCUUUACUUAUUAAACUCAUUAUUAAUCUUCAUUGUUUCUUUUUUUCUUUUUGCCCAACAAUAAUUUCCAUUGCUAUGUUUCCGAAGUGCACUGAAUAUUUGAA